UUGUGUUUUGAACAAGAGUAUGGGUGUCUACUCCAAGUCGGAACCCCUAAUAGAUCCAUCCGUCCACAGACCGUGGGUGAUUGAUUCAGCCCGUUCCGUGGCCGAAGAGGCCGCAAGGGAUCCUGGUGCUUCCGAGAACGUCCGCCCAUUUUAUGGAGAAAAGGAUUAUCAAGGUCAUAGAGCCCAUACUGACUAUUCGGGUGUCCACGUGCCUGGAACUGACGGGCAUCGGAGUCGCCGAUCGCACCGAUUGCAUCACCAUCAUCAAAAGCGUCAUUCAUCUGACUCCCAAAAGGAGAAAGAGGACAAGCGACCAGGUACACCCCCAUCUAUACGAGUCCAGCUCAUUUUGGGUGAGAAUGAAGACGACAUGCACGAGUCUCAUCCCUUGUUUUCUGAAAUGGAAGAGCUCACCCGAGAGGGGGAAGAAAUGGAAUGGCGAGAAACUGCCAGGUGGGUGAAGUUUGAGGAAGACGUGGAGGAAGGCGGGAACAGAUGGUCGAAGCCUCGUGUGGCUACUCUUUCACUCCAUUCCCUUUUCGAGUUGAGAAGUUUCAUCAUGAGUGGAAUUGUGCUGCUGGACAUGGAAGCUCAAACAAUGGAGCAGGUGGCAGAUUUGACCAUCGAGAAUUGGAUCAAUACAAAUGCCCUACAGUUCAACCUGAAUGAGAAGGUGAAGGAUGCGCUGCUUAGAAGGCAUCGACAUCAGCACGAGAGGAGGAAGGACAACUCGACGAGUAACGUCAGCCGUCUCCCAAUUAUCCGUUCUCUUGCUGAAAUCGGUCGUUCUUAUUCCCCCAGCAAGAGCUUGAAGACAGCAAUGUCAGCAGCCUUCAAGCUAUCCGUGCCUCAAUUCGCUUCAAGGAAUGGAAAUGCGGGGUCAACGGAGAAAAUGUUCCUGACAGUUGAAGAUCAUGGUCAAGGUCUAGUUCAGGGUCAGAGUCUGACUCCAGUCUCUCUCUCUGAAGGCAGCAGGGGAAACUCUCUCGGUGACAUCAUCGAGGAUGAGAAAGAAGAAAGAAAACAUAAAAAGUGCAACUGGUACAAGAUAAAGACUUCGUUGAAUGGUCUCUACUGGGCAGUUCCUCAGCAGGAAGGAGACGACCUGAGGAAGAGUGAGUUAGGUACUCUAAAGUAA